AUCCGCCAUUUUCCUUUAGUCGCCAUUGAGAGGUGAAAACUACGCUAAAUGACGGUGAUAAUUUUAAGAUUUUGAGUGGUUUCUUUAAAAUUGAACCUGUUUUUAGUGUUGUGAAAUGAAAAUGAAGUGUCUCGGACUACCAUGACGCAUCAAAAUCACCAAACAAACGGUGCAAGUCUCGAGGAUUGCCACACUAACUUCUUCGCCUUGACCGAACUCUAUGGCAUAAAAUGGCGUAAGCUCGUGUGGGGGGAGACUAGAGGCGGCGGCGAGGGCGAGGAAGGUGCGACUCCCCUCGCCGACCCUGUGAUCAGCAGCUACGCUCGUUGCCUCGCCGGCGACAUCCUGUGCGUCUGGCGGCGCGUGCCAGCGCCCCAGCCGCCCGAUAUCUACGAGAUGAGCGCGCCCGCGCCGCCGCCUCUCUCCCUCCGAGCCGCCAAAGAGCUCUGGAUCUUCUGGUACGGCGAGGAGCCCGACCUGAACGGGCUCGUUGCUCCAGAGUUGAUUGCAAGUCAAGGCGAUCAGGGAUCGUGGGACAGUGGGCUAUCCUACGAGUGCCGUUCCUUACUCUUCAAGGCGCUCCACAACCUCAUUGAAAGAUGUCUCCUGUCGAGGGACUUUGUGAGGCUGGGCAAGUGGUUUGUGCAACCCUACGAUGGCGACGAGGAGGAUGUAGGCAAGAGCCCAUGGCACCUGUCGUUCUCGUUCGCGUUCUUCUUGCACGGCGAGAGUACGGUGUGCGCGUCGGUGGACGUGCGGCAACACCCGCCCGUGCGGACGCUGACCGCGCGUCGCCGCCACGCGCUUCACGGCGCUGGUAGGCGUGCUGAUGCUAAAGUCAUCCUGGCGCCAUUCGGUCUGGAGGGCACGUUGACGGGCCGCGAGUGGACCGACAAUGACCCCGCUACCGCGAGACUGCUCGAGGCGUGGCGGCAACUGUACCCACUAGAGCAGGGCUGUGGAGCCGUCGAGGUGGUGUGUGGCGGGGUCCGCAUGCGGUACCCGCUGCCGUACGCACUGGUGACGGAGAUGGAGUCGGCGCCCGCGCCGCCGCCCUCCGCCGCCGCGCUCGCGCGCCGCACCAUGCACGCGCUCGCCGCGCCCUCGCCGCACCUCCUGCAGGCAGAGUCGUGCUGCAACGAGUCGUCCGGCGAGAAGCCCGAGGACUUCGUGGACCCCACCCGCAAGACGCCGUGCACCUGCGCCAAGUGGCGGCGGCGGCGCGGCCCGCGGCCCCCGCCCUUCCACCGCCGCGCGCCCGCCCGCGCGCCGCGCCGCGCCGCGCCCCCGCCCGCGCCCGCCUCCGCCUCCGCCUCCGCCUCCGCCACCGCCGCCGCCCCCGCCCCGCCGCGCGCCGCGCUCACGGCGGGGUGCGGCGGCGGCGCGGCGGGCGGCUCGCCGGGCAGCUGCGGCGGCGGCUCGCCGGCGGCCGCCGUGUCCGCGCCCUCGUCGGCCGGCGCGCCGCCGGCCUCGCCGCACCACACCGCGCUGCCCUCGCAGAGCGGCGGAGGCGGGCCGGGCGUGCCGCCGUCGCUGCACACGCCGGCGCCCACGCCGGACCCGCUGGCGCCGCCCACGCCCGCGCCGCCCUCCGCGCCAGCCAAGCACUACGCGCAGGGCGACUCGCCGCCGGGCGGCGGGCCGGCGGCGGCGGAGAGCGUGCCGGCGGAGCUGCUGCGGCGGCCGCAGCUGCCGCCCGCCGAGCGCCGCGCCGACCCGCUCGAGGACGAGCACUCGCUGCACAUGCUCUACGACUACACCACCGUGCUCGCCUGGCUGGAGCAUCCGGUGAAGCGGUUCAAGAGUGAGGAGAGCACGUUCCGCGAGGAGUUGGCGCUCGGCGCGGCGGCGGGCGGCGACUUGUACGCGGGCCACGACCAUACCAGCAUGCCUGCCACCACAGACCACGCGCCGCUAGAUGUCAAGCAGGAGAAGCACGACCCCGAGGACGUAAAAGAGUACAAAAAUUUAUUCACAUUAGACGGUCUGCAUCCAACGCUACGAGAUCUGGAUCAAAUAUUUGAAAAUUCAGACGACGCGGCCAGUGGCGAUGAGACGGUAAGACUUCUGGCGGUGCAGACGCCGCCCGACUCGAACAAGUCUGCGGAGGAGGCGCGGUACGCGGGGCGGUGCGUGCGCGCCGAGGAGCUGAGCAAGAUGUUCCCGACGCCGCCCAGCAUGGAGGCGCACACGCAGCCGUCGCCCGGCUUCACGCUGCCCGACGACGCGCCGCCGCCGCACCUGCACGCGCUGCACGCGCUGCACGCGCACGCGCCCGCCGCGCCCGGCGCGCCCGCCGCGCGCCUCGCCACGCCCGGCUCGCCGCCGCCCGACCCCAUCGAGGACUGGUCGUACGUGUUCAAACCGCCGACAAUGUACAAAUGUGUGGGGUCGUCGAAGUACGCGCCGCUGCCGACGCUGCCGAGCCAGCAGCUGCCGCCGGUGGCGCUGCCGCCCGACGCCGUGUACCGGCCGCGCUGGCAGCUCGAGCCGCCCAAGCGGCCGCGCCCGCCCGACCGCGCCGAUCGAGCCGACGGCGCCGAUACGCCCGACACGCAUCGGACAGCAGGCGUGAAACGGAGCGCAUCACCAGCGGCGGAGUCGCGGGAGGCGCGGGGGCGACGCGCGUGCUCGAAUGCGCCCGCGCAGAACGGCGGCGGGGCCCCGGCGGCGGCGGGCGCGGUAGCGGGCGCGGGCGCGGGCAGCGGGCCGGGCGCGGCGGCGGGCGCGGCGGCGGCCCAGUCGCCCGCGUCGGCCGCGCACUCGCCCGCGUCGCCCGCCUCGCCGCGCGCCACGGGCGCCGCCUGCCCGCUGCUGCUCAACGUGCUGCUCGCCGACACCGUGCUCAACGUCUUCCGAGACCACAACUUCGACAGUUGCACGCUCUGCGUCUGUAACGCGGGCCCCAGGGUGGUGGGCAACAUCCGCGGCGCGGACGCGGCCACGUACCUGAGCGGCGCGGGAGCGGGCGCGGGCGCGGACGAGUCGCCGGGCGGGUCGCCCGCGGCCGCGCCCGCGCCCGCCGACGACGAGCCCAGCCGCUGCACCUGCGGCUUCAGCGCCAUCGUCAACCGCCGCCUCGCGCACCGCGCCGGACUCUUCUACGAGGACGAGAUGGAGAUAACUGGUCUGGCGGAGGAGCCUCGCGUGGCAGCGGGCGGGCGCGGCGGGCUGGCGGAGGUGGCGGGCGUGGUGGUGGCGCAGUGCGCGGCGCUCGCCGGCGGCGGCGCCUCGGCGCUCGCGCGCGCCGCCCGCCGCCACGCCGCGCCCGCGUCGCCCGACGAGCUGCGCCUCAACCUGCUCGAAUACUCUGACGGUGGGACGGCGGCGUCGCGCGCGCUGCGGGCGGCGGGCGGCGGCAGCGGGGGCGGGGCGGGCGCCGUGCACCGGUGGCCCUUCAUCGGGGCGCGCGCGCCGCGCUCCUCCAGGGACGUAGUGAGAUUAAUGCGUCGACUGCGUCCCCUUCUCCAAGACGCGAUACAAAAGCGGUGCUGCGGCGCGCGCAUGUGGGACGGAGUGACGGGCCCGCUGACGUGGCGGCAGUUCCACCGGCUCGCCGGCCGCGGCAACGAGGAUCUCUGUGAGCCCCAGCCCGUGCCGCCGCUGCUCGUCGGCCACGAUCGCGACUGGAUCUCGCUUUCCCCGUACGCGUUGCGCCACUGGGAGCGGCUAGCCCUCGAGCCGUACUCGUACGCGCGCGAUGUCGCCUACGUGGUACUGGCGGCCGACGGCGACGUACUAACCGACCCGCUUCGCACGUUCUUCCGGGAGCUGUCGGCCGCGUAUGAAGCGCUCCGGCUCGGCCGCCACCACCCGGUGCACCGGAUCGCGCGCGACGGUAUCGUGCGCGCCGGCUGCGAGCGCGAGCGCGACACGAGCGACGCAGAGUGCGAGGAGUGGGCGGGCGAGCUGCCGCCCGGCCGGCUCGGCGAGUACGUGCGCGCGUACGCGGACGCGCUGCGCACGAGUCUCGUGCCGGCGCUCGCCGCGCUCACUGUCGACCGCUCGCUCUUCGAGAGCGACCGCUCGUCGCCGAUGCGGCCGCCGGCCACGCCCGAGCACCCGGGCACGCCGGGUGCCGACGGCGACGAGACCGGCGCGGGCGGCGGCGCGAACGCGAGCGCGGCCAAUGGCGGCGGCGCGAGUACGACGGGCGGCGCGGCCAGCGCGUGGGAUGACGAUGAGAACGGCGCGCCGGCGCUGGUGCUGUACCUGGUGGAGCCGCCCGCCGCGCACGCGCAGCGCCCGCGCGCGCUGCACGCGCUGCUGCGGCUCGCCACGCGGAUUCACCAUCACUUGCGCCACCACAAUCCAUUAAUUAAGAUCAUCUCGCUGGAGGGCGUGUACGAGACGUGGGCGCCGGGUCCGAGCCCGGGUCCGGGCGCGGCCGUGGGCGGCGGUUGCGUGCCGGAGCUGCGCGCGCUGGCCUUCAGCGUGUUCAGCGGCGCGCGCCGCCUGCUCGUGCACGCCGCCAACGGCAAGACACUCACCGGCUUCGGCACUGCCGCCGUCGCCAACCACUUUAUCAAUAACAAAGACGAAAAGAACAAGGCGCCGUACAAGCUGUUCUCGCCGGCGUGGGUGCUGGCGCCGCCGCGCGCGCUGAAGGAGGUGGCGGAGACGUGGGGGCAGGCGUGCGGCGAGCAGGGCGCCGUGCUGUUCGUGGCCUACUGCCUCUCGCACGACCAGCGCUGGCUGCUGGCCGCCGCCAGCGACGCGCGCGGCGAGCUGCGCGACACCGCCGCCAUCAACAUACACGUGCCCGCCAGGUCACGGCGGCGGCGCUGUGGGCCGGCGCGGCGGCUGGGGCUGAAGAAGCUGAUGGACUUCACGCUGGGCGUCAUGAGCCAGGCCGCGCAACCUUGGCGGCUCGUCGUCGGCCGCGUCGGACGCAUCGGACACGGGGAACUUAAAGGCUGGAGCUGGCUGCUGUCGCGCAAGCACCUGUGGCGCGCGUCGAUGUCGCUGCGCGAGCUGUGCGGCAGCUGCGCCGCGCUGUACCCCGCCGCGCCGUGCAUCCUGUCCGCCUGCCUCGUCUCCACCGAGCCCGACUCGUGCCUGCGCCUCAUGGCCGACCGCUUCACGCCCGACGAGCGCUUCUCGCAGGCCUCCAUCCACUCGCACCUGCACACGCCGCGCGACGUCACCGCCACGCACAUACUCGUCUUCCCCACCUCCGCCACCACGCAGUCAAACCAAAUGCCAUUCGAGCCACAAAUGGCGAACGGCGAGGACAACGACAUGAUGUUCCUGAACGUGGACAUGGGCGACGAGGAUAUGGGGGAGGACAACAUGGCGGACCUGCUGAUCGGCGACAUGUUCAGCAACAUGUGGGCGCAGAACAGUCCGCGCAACUCGCCGCGCCGCAACGACGACGACCCCGCCAGCCCCGCCUGCCCGCCGCACCACGUGGCCGCCUGCCACCACCAGGACGACCUCUCCACGGAGCAGGUGGGCACGGUGCUGCAGCAGCCGCUGGCGCUGGGCUACAUGGUGUCGACGGCGCCGCUGGGCGCCAUGCCGGCGUGGUGGUGGGCCGGCUGCACGCACCUGCGGGACGCGUGCCCCGCCUUCCUCAAGAACGCGCUGCACCUGCACACCGGCAACGUGCAGGCCGCCGACGACUUCACCUCGCUCACGCAGCGCCGCGACCACAACUCGCACCCGCUCGACUCGCAGACCACCACCGACGUGCUCAGGUACGUGCUGGAGGGGUACAACGCGCUGUCGUGGCUGGCGCUGGACGGCGCGUCGGACCGGCUGUCGUGCCUGCCCGUGCACGUGCAGGCGCUCAUGCAGCUCUACCACACCGCCGCCGCGCUCGGCUGAGCCACCACCUCCAUACAAGCGUGCCGGGGGACCCCCGGGACACCUCGCGGCACCGCACCGAUCCAAGAUGUCCAAUUAUAAAUGAAACUAGCCACAAUGCUAGUCUUCACAACACAACAUGGUCCAAUUUGGCAUAUUAAUGAUUUUUCUAAAAUUUAUAUAUUAUUAUAAAUAUCGUACCACGUACACCGAGAAUAUUUCUCACUGAGGGCAUUUCAUUACUGUUUGUAUGGUACUCCGUUUGCGCAUAUGAAAGCAACCACUUCCAUUAUGUCUUUCUCUACUUUCGUACUUCCUGAUCUCUCUCCACAUCUCACGAACCUCAUUUACUCUAGUUUAGACUAACCGCAACAAACAAACGGAAUAAAAUGCAAUGAGCUGAUUAUAUUUAUGACCUGUAUUGUUUUAUAUAGAUAAUUUAUUACUUAUCUCUCAUAAGAAACAUGUUAUAAUUUCGGCCAUACCUGUAUUACUCUAUCCUGUGUACCAAUAGUCUGGUCAAUUUAGACGUUCGAAGUUACCUAAAUUCCCACCAUGCUGAAAAUCAGUAACAUUGUUUAAAAUAUGAUUCAUAAUAAAAUUUUAAAGUUCCCCAUCUUUCCCCUGUAUGAAAAAAAAAUUCAAGUAUUUAUUUAAUAUACAGGGAUUAGUUUAACAACUUGUAAACAAGGGAGAGCUUAUCUCUAAUAGAUCUCUUCCAACCAACUCAGUGUAGUUAUUUUGCAAUAGUUUCAGAUUAAACAGGAUCACAACUGACACGUGGAAUAGGCCUACUAGGGAAACCACGUUAAAAAAAAUGCGAUAAGACCUCAUAGGUGGCGUGAUAACAUGAGCAUUUUUUGACAAUUAUAACUUUUACGACUUUUUCAAUUGUUGUGAACAUUUUUUUUGACGAUUACAACUUUUACGACUUUUUGAAUCGUUAUAUCUCGAAAACGGUGACUCGUAGAAAGAAAAAGUAUUGAUACAUUUUUUUUUGUAGAUAUUUUUAUGAUCUACAAUUUUUGUCUGAAGUAUUUUUAUGAUAAAACUUACCGUUUUGCUGAAAAUCGUGAAAAUCUAAUUUUUUUUUACCUUUGAUUUUGAAUAAUAUUUUUUGCAUACAGGGGAAAGAUGGGGAACUUUCAAAUUUUAUUAUGAAUCAUAUUUUAAACAAUGUUACUGAUUUUCAGCUCGGUGGAACUUUAGGUAGCUUUAUUUUUAUUUUUGGUCUAAUUUGACCGGAAUAAAUAUGACAAAACUAUUGUAAAACUAUUCCAUAGUGGAGGAUUGAAGAGCAAUAUUGUUAAGACAUUAGUCGUCUAUCGAUAGGAUGUCACAAGUUAUCUAUUGCAAUUGUAAUAUUAUUAUAUUGUUGUGCUAAUGUAUAAAUGAAAUAUAUUAUUUUUAUUUUACGUUAUUAUGUUAAACCGGUACGAAUUACCAAAGGAGUUAGAUAUGUGUAAUUUUGUAGAUAUUUUAACACCAUCACAGCCGGUGGACAAUUCCACAUGGUUCUCGUUUUGUCUCAACGCUGUCACUUACGUAUAGCAACACUUGUGUUACUCAUAUUUUAAUGUAUUAUUAUUUUUUUAUAAGCAUUUUUUUUACGUUGAAGUAAAAUAAAAUAAUUUUCUACCAUUCUAUUUCGAGCUCGAUUUGUGAGCGCGGAACGCGUAGUAUAUACAAUUUAGCGACAAAUAUAUUAGGCGAAUUGACCAUUGUCUUAGUAUUCGGGUUUAUUAACUCAUGUACAGUUUUAUACGAGGGAACAAUAAGCUCAACCGGGCGCCGCCGCCGGGCCGCCGGGCCGCCGGGCCGCCGGGCCGCCGGGCCGCCGGGCCGCCGGGCCGCCGGGCCGCCGGGCCGCCGGGCCGCCGGGCCGCCGGGCGCCGGCCGCGCGGCCUCCACCACUGCCACACUCGCUCGUACCGGGAGUCCAACGUCGGCGGCGCGCCGCCCUGCGUCCUAGCACACGUAGGAUCAUCUUCUUAUGAUCAACAUGAACCUCCGAUCGGAUACCGAUUAGUAACACCAAUAGUCUACGGUUAGUUUAAUAGCUGUAACGACGGGCCCCCUAGAUCAUGUUUGAGAGUAGCAUUUGUAUAAUUAGACAUUGCCGUUUUAUAAAAAUAUAAUAGGAGCGGCCGGCCGCAACGCUGAUGUUGCCUCGCCGUAUCUCCGACAGUUUAGUAGUUAUAUGAAAUUUUCUAUUUUAAUAUAUUAUAAAAGCGUAAGCAGUAGGUGUGACGUGAAGUGAACUUGUAAAUAAGCCCGACGCGUGACGCGGAUCGUGUGGUUAUCAUGUACUUUAUAUUUUGUCCACGUACACGUUUUCUUUUUUUAUUUAUAUACUUUUGACUGAGUUUUAUCAAUGUUAAAAAUUAGUUUACUGAACAAAUCAUUUGAUAUCGAAAUUGUUAUUAUUUUUUUGUUGCUUAGUACACUAUUAUUUGUAUAUUGUAUUGUAUGAGGUGUUGCGAGCGACACGAGCGCCGCCUGGUGUCGGAGGUGGGACGACGUGCCGCCGCCGGCGCACGCUGUGUACGCAGCAGUAGGUGCGGUGCGCCUAGUUGUAGCGGCGGCGAGUCGCACUUUAAUUGAAUUAAUGCCUAGUUGAAUAUGAAAUGUUUUAAAUGUGUUACAGCAUUUGAGAAUAUUUAAUGAUGUUGUAUAUAGUUUAUAUUUUGUUUUGUAAAACAUAUUGUACAUAGUGUCGCGUAGUGUCCGAUGGAUGGAGUUAGUUACUUGCCCACAUCGCCUGUGUAUAAAUAAUGGAGCACGUUUUAAAGGAACCACUCGUAAUAUUAUUUUGUACAGUUGUUAAGCGAGAUUCGUAGUUGAAUUAAUUAUUAUUAGGAUUUCGUUUUUGACCUCCUUUUGUUAUUGUGAAUUUGUCAAUUUUUUUUAGGGAAUUGGGAAUCGUACUGUACAUAGAGCUCACCAUUUUGUCAAAUAUUAGCCGUAAGCCGUCGAAUCGGAUGAUUGUUGUGGAAAUCAAAUUUUCUAAAUGAAGCAAUCAUUAGACAUUCAAAAUUAGAAUAAUACUUGAUAUUAAUAUAACUUUAUAAAUAACUGUGAAAAUAGAUAAUAAUAAUAAUGAAUAAAAUAUUACAUAUUUAA